AUGGGUACACAUGUUGAAAACUCAUAUUCUUUGACCCUCGAAGACCUGAAUAAAUUCGACUUUAGGAAGUACAACAAUUUACAAGAAGUCGAAGAAGCUGAUCGAAAUCUGAAUCAAUGCCAAAAAUUCGGAGAGCUUCUCCAAAAAGUCUAUGCUCUGACAAAAGAAAAUAAAAUCGAGUUGGGACUUCGUCUUAUUCACAGACAUAUAUCUAUAGAAGAAGAAGGGAAGGCGAUGAUAGAAGAAUUUUGUCAUUUUAAUAAUAGGCCUGCGUUUAUCACUUCAGCCAGUUUCGUGGAUGAAAAGACUUACCCUGCAAGCUGGCUGAUCGAAAAAGAUAAAUACUAUGUCUACGAAUAUUCAAGAGACUCACACGUCAAAAAGACGCUUGAUGAAAUAGUUAAAGAUUCUUCUGUUUUAGAGAGAAUUGUUCAGCUUAUUAAGCAAUAUAACUUGGAAUCGCUUAUUGCACCUUGUAUUCAUGCAAGAGACGCUUUGGUUCAUUUUAACAAAAAUGAAAGUCUUGUCGAGACGACAUAUUUUAGUCCUUCAGCCAGUGUUGUUCAAAACGGCAAAACGGGUGAUGCAGCGAAUAUCACCACUUUAUGGGGUGGACCCAUUACUCAAGCGUGUUUAAGGAUGAUUCACUGCGAGAGGGAAGGAGAGAUUCAUAUUAAAUGGGAAUCCCACGAGAGAAGACACGAUUCUUUGUAA